CCUGCCGAGCGACCGCAUUAGCUUCCUCAAAAAAAGAAAAAAAAUGAGAGGAUAAGGACGAGCAUAAGCGAGCAACUUCUGUGUCGGCCAAGCAGUCCGUCCACUCGCUUGCAGCUCCUGUGCGCCGGCAGCCCUGCGGCUCGCGCCCGCGCAGCCCGGUUGCUAAUCUGCAUCGCGUGUCAUUCUCGCCGGCUGAGGCCCUGCAGCUCGCUCUCGCGUGUGCCAUUCUCGCCGGCAGAGAUGGCGAGGCUGCUCGCAUGUCAAAGGCGGCUGCGGAGCUUCUCCACGGCGCAGGCCCCUGGGCCGUGGCAGAGCUCGCGCUCGUCUGGUGGCGACUCAACAAGGGGCGACGAGGCUACUCGCUCGCCUGAGGCCGGCAACGCUCAUCCACGGCGCGGGCCCACAAGGUGGAGCUCGCGUUCACCCGGUCGGCGGCGCUACCCACAGUGGAGCUCGCCUUUCCUCUUUCGCCUGCGCUCGCACCAUCGUUUGUGUUCCCCAUCUCAGCCUCCUCCAUCUCUCUCUCUCUCUCUCUCAUCUGGGAAUGGUGACAGGCACAACAUGGGGAUAAGGAAACCAUGGCGGUGCUCCCCUCCUCAUAUCCGGAUCAGGAGGAGAGGUAGGAGAAACAUGGAGGUGAAUCCAUGUUCCCUUCAAAUCGAUUUUGCAUCAUGCGGUGACUUUUGCUCGGUGCUCAUGCACAGAUUAAUUUGCAAAUCGUCACUCGGUAGCAGUGAAGAUGUUCAACAUCGACUUGAUUCGCGUGCUUAGUAUUAGUUGUAUUGUAUGUAAACAAUGUUUAGUUAGCAUACGACAAUCUUGACUUGCAUACUGAUAUUUUUGGCUUUGUAAUUUAGAAUUUAGAUGGGUGAAAAUGUCUUUGUAUAUGUUCUAAUUUGCUUAUAUAACUCUAUAAUAUUGCUUCUAAGAUUCCAAAA